GGUCUUUGAAAUUUUUUUUUUUGGUUUAAUUUCAAUGGCUGCUGUUGCGGAGAAUGCGAUUGGUUCGGAUGAUCAGUUCAUCCAUCAUCAUCGUCGUCCUUCUGCUGCUACUGCUACUGCUGUUCUUACUGUUGGUGAUGUUGCUCCAAACUCUGAUUCCAAAUCUGAGUUUCAGAACGAUGUGCGCAAGCUCGUUGAUUUGCUAUCGAAAUUGAACCCGUCGGCGAAGGAAUUCUUCCCGUCUUCUUAUACACCUGAUCGCCAAUCACAAUCGCAGUCUCCGACAAGUGAUUUUAAUGAGGCUAAUGAGGAUUUGACCAGCAACGGGUCUGCAAAUUAUCGAAGGAAGAGGAAUAAUUAUAAUCCGGGAAGGAGAAGGUUGAAUGGGAGAGCCCUUAGAGCGCAAAGAGAAGAUAGCAUUAGACGAACUGUAUAUGUUUCUGACAUCGAUCAGCAUGUCACUGAAGAGCGGCUUGCUGCAUUGUUCAUUAAUUGUGGACAAGUAGUUGACUGUCGAGUUUGUGGUGAUCCUCAUUCAGUUCUUCGGUUUGCUUUUAUUGAGUUUGCUGAUGAGCAUGGUGCAAGAGCAGCUCUAAGCCUUGGUGGGACCAUGCUGGGUUACUAUCCUGUCAGAGUUUUACCUUCAAAAACUGCUAUCUUGCCUGUGAACCCUACAUUCCUUCCCAGGUCUGAAGAUGAACGGGAGAUGUGUGCCAGGACAGUCUAUUGUACAAAUAUUGAUAAGAAGGUUACUCAAAAUGAUGUGAAAGUUUUCUUUGAAACAAUCUGUGGUGAGGUUUCUCGCCUGAGGCUUUUGGGAGAUAAUGUCCAUUCGACUCGUAUAUCAUUUGUCGAGUUUACGAUGGCAGAAAGCGCCAUUAUUGCACUGAACUGCAGUGGGAUGCUUUUGGGAAGCCUUCCUGUUAGGGUAAGCCCUUCAAAAACACCAGUAAGGCCUCGAGUUCCUCAUACAAUCAUGCACUGACAAGUCCAAGAGCCAUGAACAAUGCCAUCGGUUUAUUCCCUGUUGAGAGAGAGAGAGAGAGUGUUGUAUUGAAGGGGUGGUGAAACUUCGUAGUUUCAGUAUGUAACCAUCUUUUCUUGGCAACGUUUUCUGCACCUGAACAUUGAUGAUCUGGCCUUGAAGCUCUUGACAAGAAUCAGCUCGUUCAUAGCUUAGUCAUCAUCAAAACUUUCUCACGAUGUUUCUCAUGACCUGAUGGGUUGCUUUAUUCAGUCUUCGCUACCGAAAUAGUUUGGGUAGUGAACAACAAACUACCUUGCUGUUGUACCUGUGCCGGUUCAAACACCAUUGCAUAUAUAACCAACUGUGUAAUGUUGGUUUUUUCCAGUAUCAAAUGUAGAGAGUCACCAUGCUGAUUGUGAUG